UCUGAAGGAGAAAAAGGAAAACCCACGAGGACUUGACUUAUAUAAGAAACCCUCCUUCCGUUUUCAGGAACAGAGCUCUGCUUCCACCAAAACCCUCACCAUGGAACCGAGUCACACAGACAGCUCCACCACCGAGAACGGGUCAGGCCCCGAGUCAUCGCAACCCGGUCCUCAUGACCCGCCUUUGGGCAUCGAGUUCGUGGAGGAGAUUCUGCGUUACGAGUUCAAAGACAAGCGUUUGCUGGAAGAAGCGUUCACGCACGCGUCUUACGGCGAUAGCGUUUCGUACGAGCGUUUGGAACAUGUCGGCGAUUCGGUUUUGAAUUUGGUAAUAACGAGAGAGUUCUUCUUCCUAUACCCGGAAUCGCCACCGGGUUUAUUGACUCGGCUCCGAGCCGCAAACGUUGACACGGAGAAGUUGGCCCGCGUCGCCGUAAAACACGGUUUGCAUCGCUGUCUUCGUCACAAGAAGCCGUUACUUGAGGACCAAAUCAAGGAAUUUUCGAUCGCUAUCGAAGAACACCCGCUGCAUUCGCACGGACUGAUAAGGGUCCCAAAAGUUCUGGCCGACAUUGUAGAAUCCACCAUUGGAGCUCUUUUCAUCGACUGCAAUUCCAUCGAUACAGUUUGGGAGGUGUUUAAGCCAUUGUUGGAGCCGAUAAUAUACGUAGAGAGAUUGGGGAACCAUCCGAACACGGAGUUGCACGAGAAGUGUCAGAAGAGCAGUCUGAAGCUGAGGUUCCAAGACAUGUGGGAAGAGAACAGAGAGUUCAUCGUCUUCAUCGACGGCCGUUUGGUCGGAAGAGGCACUCAUCCUCUCAAGAAGGAGAGCGCUCGCAAUCUCGCCGCCAAAAAUGCCCUCGACCAUUUUCCCCUUUUUUUCCACGAUCAUUUAUUACUCGAUGACAACCGUUUUUGACUCUAGAAUAUAUAUAUAUAUAUUUGUAUCUUUUGCCUUUA